AUGAGGCGCCUAGGUGCAUUAGCCACAUUCUCUGCCCACGCCUGUGAAGGUUCACGCUCAUCCGGAAUCACACAGAAACUAGAUGAACGCCUUCACCCGGGCACUACAGUCCAUCGCGGUACCCGGUUCAUCCUUCCAUCUAUUGGCCUUACUGGCGCACCAUGCCAAUGUCUGGUUGGAUCCCAUAUCGUCAUAUGGUACCAUACUCGGCCAAGGCAGCUGACCAGGUUAUCCUCCGAGUCUUCCUCCCUUCAUGCACAGCCUCCACGCUGCCAAUCCGGUUGGGCUCUGACGUGCGAGAAUGCGCUUGACUACACCUUCCUAGACAACAUGUGGUUAGACACGCCACAUGUUCUCAGUACUUAG